UUUUAUAGGGAAACAAUUUAUUCAUUUUGUUUGGUUUAAAUAUCAUAAAUAGUUUCAAAAGUUCCGACACUCUUCGAAUCAAUUUGACAUUUGAAAAUCCAGAAUAACCUACAGACCUGAACAACUAUAGAUAUAUAUAUUUAUGUGAAAACCUGAGUUAACUUAAAAUCAAUGAAUACGAAACACUAACAAUUCCAAUUGGAAUAAAAUUGUGAAAUAUAUGUAGUCAAAAGAAACAUUAUGGCAGACAGCAAAGAGAUCGGAACAGAUGCAGAGCCGGUCCAAAAGUUAAAACUUAAUAACAGCGAUAACAUGGCGCUCAAAGACCUUUUGCACCAUCGUCUUUCGGAGUGUGGUUGGCGGGAAGACAUUGAGCAUAAGAUUCGCAAAACAAUAUCAGAGCUUGGAGUUGCCAAUAUGACCCAUGAAAAGUUGGCCGCAGAGAUUAUUCCACAGGCCCGUGCUUCCGUUCCCGAGGAUGUGCGCAAGGAAAUGUUAAUACGCGUUCGUGCGGCUCUACAAUCUUCCAAAAAACAAAGCGACGACUAGGCGACUUGGCAGAGUCGGCGGUUCUCUUGUUUUAGCUAGCACAAUUCAUGCGUUUGUUAAAUUAUGUAUUUAUAUUUAUUAUGUUAGUAAUGUAACAUGUAAAUUAAUGUAUUUACAUAUGCAUAUAUAUAAAUAUAUGUAUAUGGCUUAUGUUAUUUCAUAAACUUUAAAACAAAUAUGUAUGUAAUAAAUAAACAUGUUAAUAAUUAA